CGCCUCGCCGUCGCCGCCGCCCCGCCCGCCGGCUCGGAGCCCCGCCGCUGCCGCCGCCGCCGCCGCCUCCCGCCGCCGGGGACAUGUCUAACCCCGGAGGCCGGCGGAACGGGCCCGUCAAGCUGCGCCUGACAGUACUCUGUGCAAAAAACUUGGUGAAAAAGGAUUUUUUCCGACUUCCUGAUCCAUUUGCUAAGGUGGUGGUUGAUGGAUCUGGACAGUGCCAUUCUACAGAUACUGUGAAGAAUACACUUGAUCCAAAAUGGAAUCAGCAUUAUGACUUGUAUAUUGGAAAGUCUGAUUCAGUUACAAUCAGUGUAUGGAAUCACAAGAAGAUCCACAAAAAACAAGGUGCUGGAUUUCUUGGUUGUGUUCGUCUUCUUUCCAAUGCCAUCAACCGCCUCAAAGACACUGGUUAUCAGCGGUUGGAUCUAUGCAAACUUGGGCCAAAUGACAAUGAUACAGUUAGAGGACAGAUAGUAGUAAGUCUUCAGUCCAGAGACCGAAUAGGCACAGGAGGACAAGUUGUGGACUGCAGUCGUUUGUUUGAUAAUGAUUUACCAGACGGCUGGGAAGAACGGAGAACUGCCUCUGGAAGAAUUCAGUAUCUAAAUCACAUAACAAGAACUACACAAUGGGAACGCCCAACAAGACCAGCAUCUGAAUAUUCUAGUCCUGGCAGACCUCUUAGCUGCUUUGUUGAUGAGAACACUCCAAUUAGUGGAACAAAUGGUGCAACAUGUGGACAGUCUUCAGAUCCCAGACUGGCAGAAAGGAGAGUCAGGUCACAGCGACAUAGAAAUUACAUGAGCAGGACACACUUACAUACUCCUCCAGAUCUACCAGAGGGCUAUGAACAGAGAACAACACAACAAGGUCAGGUAUAUUUCUUACAUACUCAGACUGGUGUGAGCACGUGGCAUGAUCCAAGAGUGCCUAGGGAUCUUAGCAACAUCAAUUGUGAAGAGCUUGGUCCUUUGCCUCCUGGAUGGGAGAUCCGUAAUACAGCAACAGGCAGAGUUUAUUUCGUUGACCAUAACAACAGAACAACACAGUUUACAGAUCCUCGGCUCUCUGCUAACUUGCAUUUAGUUUUAAAUCGGCAGAAUCAGUUGAAAGACCAACAGCAACAACAGGUGGUGUCAUUAUGCCCAGAUGAUACGGAGUGCCUGACAGUACCAAGAUACAAGCGAGACCUGGUUCAAAAACUAAAAAUCCUGCGGCAAGAACUUUCCCAACAACAGCCUCAGGCUGGUCACUGCCGUAUUGAAGUUUCUAGGGAAGAGAUUUUUGAGGAGUCAUACCGACAAGUCAUGAAAAUGAGACCAAAAGAUCUCUGGAAGCGAUUAAUGAUAAAAUUUCGUGGAGAAGAAGGCCUUGACUAUGGAGGGGUUGCUAGGGAAUGGUUGUAUCUCCUGUCACAUGAAAUGCUGAAUCCUUACUAUGGCCUAUUCCAGUACUCCAGAGAUGAUAUCUACACAUUACAGAUCAAUCCUGAUUCUGCUGUUAAUCCAGAACAUUUAUCAUAUUUCCACUUUGUUGGACGAAUAAUGGGAAUGGCUGUGUUUCAUGGACAUUACAUUGAUGGCGGUUUUACAUUGCCUUUUUAUAAACAAUUGCUUGGAAAGUCAAUUACUUUGGAUGACAUGGAAUUAGUUGAUCCAGACCUUCAUAAUAGUUUGGUGUGGAUACUUGAAAAUGAUAUUACAGGUGUUUUGGACCAUACCUUCUGUGUUGAACAUAAUGCAUAUGGUGAAAUUAUUCAGCAUGAACUUAAACCUAAUGGCAAAAGUAUCCCUGUUACUGAGGAAAAUAAAAAAGAAUAUGUCAGACUGUAUGUGAACUGGAGAUUUUUACGAGGCAUUGAGGCUCAAUUCCUGGCCUUGCAGAAAGGAUUUAAUGAAGUAAUUCCACAGCAUCUGUUGAAGACAUUUGAUGAGAAGGAGUUAGAGCUCAUUAUUUGUGGACUUGGAAAGAUAGACGUCAAUGACUGGAAAGUAAACACCCGGUUAAAACACUGUACACCAGACAGCAACGUCGUCAAGUGGUUCUGGAAAGCUGUGGAGUUUUUUGAUGAAGAGCGGCGAGCACGAUUGCUACAGUUUGUGACAGGAUCAUCUAGGGUGCCUCUGCAGGGCUUCAAAGCACUACAAGGUGCUGCAGGCCCACGGCUCUUCACCAUACACCAGAUUGACGCCUCCACUAACAACCUGCCCAAAGCCCACACGUGCUUCAAUCGAAUAGACAUUCCGCCCUAUGAAAGCUAUGAAAAGCUCUAUGAAAAGCUGCUAACAGCCAUUGAAGAAACAUGUGGAUUUGCUGUGGAAUGAGGAAUUUCAAGGACUUACCCAGGACUCUUAUUUAUACCCCGACCGACAGCCUCCCUUCAGCAGUUUCAAAGAGUGCUGAAAUACAGGAAAACACCCUCUCUCCCUCCUUUUUUAAAGUUUUAGGACACUGUGAGGGGAAAGGACGAUUUUGAAAUUCCUUUUCAAGGAAAAAAAGGUCUUUAUGCUUUGCCAUGAGGACACAUUCAGCUGCUAUUUAAAAUUAGUAUCUUGAACCUAAAGAAUGCUGACUUUUCCUGCAUCUCCAGAGUUAGGCAGUAUUCUACACUUAAAGACUACUACUAUUUUUAUAAAAAGUAAUCUAUUCAAAUUGCUUCACAGAUUUCAAGUCUUUCACACAUCAAGACAACUUCAGCAGUCGGUACAAGUUACAUUUCAUUUUGAUUGAGUACAUGAUUUUGAAUAGCUCCUGUACUUGCUCUUUGUAAAAAAGAAUAAAGUUAUUUUGAAUUAUUCUAACUUUAUAAACAGUUGGCUAAAAGAAUCAUUAUCUUUACAAGAUUAAGCCAUUUACAUGUUUGUUUUUUCUAUAGCAGAACAUUGUAUUUUGCAGUAUGCCUAAGUGGGUUGUUUUUAUAUUUUUCAAGCACAAUUUCCCUGGAAAUACAGCUAUUAUUAUUUUGGUUAUUAACUUCCUAAUACACCAUUUAGUCUAAACUUAGUAGUUUGCUACCAUAAGAUGUGUUCAGAGGUUCCCUGUUUUUAAGAUGACUUUUUAAAAAACAAUGUUUUUAUCUUAAAUCAGUAUGAUCAGGUAUUUUGGAUUUACUUUUUAUCUUAAAUGGAAAUACUGCAUUUUUAUAGCUUCUGAGAGCAUGUGGAUGGGGUGGGGUUUUCAUUCUUUUGCUGGGUCAGCUGGUCUUUACUAUAUAUACUAUUCCUAAACCAAAGUCUCUAAUACGUGCACCUAAUUUAUAUUUUAAUUACAUUAAGUUUCUAUCAAGUAAACCAUGCUGAAGCUUUGUUUAGUUGCUCAUAAUUUUAAUCAGCUAAAAUUGUGAAAACGAAAAUUUUUGCUCUGAAGAUUAUUUUGCAAGCUUAGAAAACCCUGUUGUUAUCUCACAAGAUGAACUGGAACUAGUACUGGGGGUGGUGGGCAGGGAAUGUGAUUACUAAAGAAAGUGAUUCUACUCCCAUGACACAAGUCACUUUAAAGUGGAAGAAUUAACUUUGGAAGGGAGGGAAUCGCAGUUCCCUCAGUGCAGAAGAUCUACAUCUGAUUUCCUAAUGUUCAGAUUGAGUUUUCAAGGUGAGUGGCAACCAAAACUCUGCCUGAGAGAUUGGAAGAAAUUACCAUGGAUUUUAAAGUUCAACCAUCAAAAGAGAAUGCACUGUUCUUUUUUUUUUAACAUAUUCAUGUGAAAUAAGAAUAGCAAAUUUUAAAGAUAAACCUUGAAAUUUUGUAGCUUAAUUACCAAGUGAAUAGUCUGUUGUGUUCUGUUUCAAUGAUGGAGUGGGUUUUAGUCUGUGUUCUUGAAGCCAAAGCGUUCCUCGUAAGUACCUGAGGAGUGAGUACUGGUUUAAGAGAAGAGGUACAAAGAAAAGAUCUAGUUGCCAUUUGAGCAGGAGCCUUUAACUGUUGUCCCCAUUCACUUGACCAAGAGCAGCUCCAAUUUUUUUCUCUUUUUUUGGAAUUUUAAGUAACCUUUCAUGGGCUGGGGUCAGGUGGGCAGGGGUACAGCCAGAAUAAAUGGAGAUUGUGCUGCUUUAAAAAAACAUUGAGAACAACUUGUGUAGUUUGCAGGUAUUUGAAUGUAGUUCAUUUGGCCAAAUUUGACUCCUAUAAGCAAGCUAGUCCUAAUCUUUACUGUGCAGUGGUAAUGUCCUUAUGCCAACCUUUUCUUCUCAUUUUGUUUUUCCUACUGCAUUCUUAGAAAUAUUAAAGAACAUUUUAAAGUAUACAGAAAUGGAUUCUAUGCUAUUUAAUUAUUAGUAAUUUUCAGCUUUUUGAUAGUACCUUAUUUGUUGCAGAUCCAUCUCUUUAUAUUAAAGCACUAGUGCAAUUUGUAAUUGUGCCUACUCUUAAAAACCUUUCAGUAAAAAGUGCAAGAUGAACACUUUAGAGAAAUCAUAACUGACAGGGAUGCAGUAGUUAAAUGCUACUAUUAGUUUUUAUGUACAGUAUAAAGCUGGCAGAUAUCAUCACUUUUUUGAGUGCCUUUUACCUUUGAAAUAAUAACUUAAUGGAGCUUUAAAAGCAAGAAAUCAUCCUGUAUAACUGUAUGCUAUUACCAACAUGAUACAUCAAAACAUGGUUUAGAUUUCAGUUUCACAAUUACAUUAUCUGAUUACUUCCAAAUAGGUGCUAAGCAAAACAAACCCCCCAGUGUCAUUGAACCGUGGAUUUGCACCUCGUGUUUAAUGUGAAUAUUUAUUUCCACAUGUCCCUCUCAACUGCGUUUUUUCUUAUCCUUCCUGUUUUAGGUAUGUGAUAUCUUCCCAUGCUGUUGCCUUUCCAUAAUGAAUGGUUAUGAGCGUGAUUUCUUUGUAGGGCUCAUAUGCAGUACAGAAAUGAGUUUUGAUUCAGAGGGCCUUAUUUUUUGGUGUAAAGUUUUUAAAUAGUACUGUGUAUAGUGUACAUUUUUUUUGCACAUAGUUUGUUGCCCUAAAUGGGUUUAUUUUUUUAUGUCUUUUUCCCCUUGUAUUUACAGUUCGGAGCACAAGUUUCUUUUAAAUGCAAUGUAAUUUGCUUUGUUUUACAACACUAAACUUGCUUUCAACUUCUGGUGCAUUGGACUGACUGCACUAGUGAGUUAGAUGGUUCUGGCCACUGUCAGUUUGGUAGAGCAGCUUUUUUGUUUCUGUCUUUAAGCUGCGGCUUGUAGUCAACGGGUGCCAUUUGUGGUAUUUAACAUUCUUAUGUUAGGAUGGUGAUUGUACCAAAUGCUGAGUUGUUUUAUUUCUAGAUGUAAUUAGUUCACUUUAUGUAAUAUUCUUCCUUCUCUCAAACUGACUUUAAAAACAAAGUUUUAUCAUUUUCAUUGUAUUUGUAUUUAUUACAGAGUGUUUUAGCUUUGAUGUUCUUUGUAUUUUCACUAAGUUGUUACAUGAGCUUUAUCAAUAACAUCUGUAUAAAUGGUUUUUAAGAAUUAACUAUGUAUGUGCCCAUGCAGAAGUUGAGCAAUAAAAGAAUGCUGUUUGCACUGUCACAGCAUCAAAGUUUUUACAGAA